AUGCCAGAAUCCCGCACUUUGUAUGAUCUUGGCCACGAUGAUGACGGCGAAAAGUGGGCCGGAGGACGACUCAGCAAUGUACUACGAGACACGCAGACCGAGGGUGUUGUAGUAGUUGCGCGCUGGUACGGCGGGCAAAACAUCGGUCCCAUACGUUUCACGCAUAUUGAAAACAGCGCCAAGGAAGCGAUUUGGAAGUGGAAAGUCGCCGAUACGGAGAUCAAGCAAGAGCAGGCCACCAAGAAGCAAAGAGUCGAUGAAGAAGCUAAGCGGGAAGAGCUGAUUAAGAACCUACAGGAAAGGGAUUACAACAUCUUUGCGCUGAGGAAGUUGUUGAGUCAGAAAAAGGCGCAGUUGCAGGAUGAGGAGCCUGCGCCGCCGACGCCGCAGAAGAUGCAGGAUUAUGGGAAGAUGACUAUGGACGCGCUGACGAGGGUGGACAAAGCAAGGGAUGCUACGAUUGCGUUCAUUUUGAAGCAAAUUGAUAAGAUUGAUGAGGAGCUUAAGCUUGUGGAAGCGUUGGAGGACGGCACGCAAGGGGCGGAAGAGGAGGGAAAGGCUGGAGAGGGAAAGCCUUCGACGCCAAAGUGA